UUGCAUGCAACAACAGUGAUACUACUGCUUACUCGUGGCACCAUAUGGUCAAGUUCUGCUGUUUCUCAUAUAUGCCACAGCGAUCUCCCGCAGCGAUUAUCCAGUUCUGCCACGAAAUAUAAAAGCUGUUGAAGCCCAAUACACCGACUCAGUGGAAUACACAAGCAACACAAGUCUCUUUCUGCCACAAGAACAAACCGACCCCAUCAGCAGACAUGCGCUUCAACGCUCUCACCUUAGGUGCUUUCGCCCUAGUAGCCACGGGCGUCUCUGCCCUCCAACUAUCCAGUCCAUCCGGAUACAACGACGCCCCUCUCCCAGCAGCACCCUACUGCCCACCCCAAGACGUCAGCCCCGCAACCCAAAAAGCAAUCCUCCAACGCUUCCUCAACAAAUUCUUCUUCGAAGGCAACGCCACAGGCGCACUUCUCGAUCACGUCUCCGAAGGCUACAUUCAACACAACCCAUUCAUCAACUCCACCCGCCAAGUCGCUAUUGAUUUCUUCACGGCAAUUGGAGAUGUUACUGCCGGCUCGAAUGUCACUAUCUUGAAUAUGGGUUUGGACAAUAAUACUGGCUUCGCGCAUACUAAAUGGGACACACCAGGGCAGCAGCCGAAUAUUAUUGUGGAUAUUUGGAGGUUUAAUGGGAGUUGUAUUGAGGAGCAUUGGGAUGUGAUGCAGAGGAGGCCGGAUAAUGCUACGAAUCCGUUGGCGAUGUUUUAGGCUUGUGAAUCGAUGAUGCGCCAAUAUCUGUGUACAUAAGUGGGCAUUAUCGCGAGUGGUAUACUAGGCGAAAAAUUGAGCAAGGCAACCUUCGCCAUAC